AUGAACAUUAUGAUGGAGGAGGAGCCGUACGUGAGACCUGUCAAAACGAUGGCCGAUAAAAUUGCCGAAAUCCCGUACGAAGACGAGUUGCUGAUCGGUCCGUGCUAUGACAAGGAGCACGAGGAGCUCAUCUUCGAUCCGAGCAACGAAAAUCAAUCGGAGCAACAUGUGAAGGAAUUGAUGGAGGCGUGUCCGAAUCUGGAUAGAGAGAAGGCCCUCCUAUGGCUCAGCGAGUUCCCCAUCGCCAAGGCGAUCCGUCUAGCCAAGAAGCUCUGCUUCCCGGUCCUGAUCCCGACGUAUACGGUACCUGGGUUGAGUCAACUCUCCACACAAAUGUCGCGAAGCGAUCUGGCUCAAGUUUUGGCGGUCCGAGUGAAGCCUGGGAUUGAAGCUGUCCUCCCUGGGCGCGUCUACGUGAUCCCGGAUGCGAAAUUCCAGCAGGACAUCGGGAAGAGCUUCAUAAUGGGCUUCGACGAGCGCCGUUAUGUCAAUGCUCCUGGUGCUCCCAGCCGGAGACCGGUGGCGGAUUCUGAAGAUGACGAGGAGGAUGUUAUUCCACCGACACCAAAAAUGAAGAAGAAGAAGAAUAUUGUCAAGAAAAAGAGCACUGAUAACAAGAAGAAUAAGAAUAAGAAGCAGGAGAAGAAGGAGAAGACGCCGUCAGUGGUGGUGGUGAAAAAAAUUGAGAAGACGUCGGCUAUGAAGAUCGAGAAGGCUAAGGACUCUGCCACCACUAAAAAGAUAAAAAAGACCAAGGAACCGAAGGCUGGCACCUCUGGAAAGAAACCAUCCACCUCCGCAUCCUCGAAAACUGCCAAAACCAAAAAGAAGACUCCAUCUGAAACCAAGAAGACCGCCACCGUCACUCCAAACAAUCAGAUGAAGAACGUGAAGCCAAAGAAGCAGACGGCGAGAAGAGUCUUGGCAAGGUGCCAGGAGACGUCUGAGCCAAUGGAAGAGUAA